GAUUACCCGUGAUCCCAUUAGAUCUUGUCGCUUGCAACUAUAUCGCCCUAAGGCUCUGUACAGACGAGGAAUGCGACGUCUCGCGCCAUUCCGAUUUCAUAGCGCUGACGCUACACAAUUCGACAAGUUUCAAUUUUUGAUACAAUCUGAGUAUACAAUCGAAGAGCUUCUGACUAGACUGCACACAUAUAUGGCGUAACCAUUUCCUGUAACAUUCUCGAGCUAUUCGAGAUGCAAGAUGCAACUAUGCGAUCGGUCCGAGCAUCUGUUGUCAGGUGGUAAACGCGAAGGAAUCGCAAUCCUCUGGGGAUAGGCCAGUUUAAUUGGAAUUGAUGCUGCAAGCCCAGCGCUACAAUCGACACAGCUCUAACGCGCGUAACUAAUUAACACGCCGGAGAUAAUCCAAGUGAAUCGCGUCUAAGCAAUAGCUCCCCCGUGAUGUAGUCGAUCGUACCACAAUAGAGGUUAUGAGAGCAUCAGAAAUCGAACGUACCAAUUUAUCUCGUGAGCCGACCUAUUCGAUCAGGAUUAUGCGUUAUGUAUUCGUGAAGAUGUUUUGAUAUUGUACGAGGGGAAAAAGCGAGCGGACGCAGACGAAUCGACCAGCAACGAGGGGAAACGUUUGCGUGGAUUGGGCCGCUGGUGGAGGUAACGAGCGGCGGUACGCGGAAAGCAGGAAGUUGGCAUGAAAAAGUAGAUACAAAAUGAGCUGUAGAUGCCACGAUAAGGUGUUACGGGGAUGAUGGAAGGAAGAAAGGAAAAAUUAAACGAUGAUGAUGGCAGAGGAACAAACGAGAGGUUCUUCGUCGUUUUGGAUUGUCUCUUGUUUGGAAGCAUCUCUGAGAGGGAAUGGUUUGGUUGGUUGGUGUUUAGUGUGUUGAUGUUGAUGAUAAGACAGAAGAGGGUUGGCGAAGCUUUAGAGGAAUUUACAGCGAACUGAUACUUGACUUUUGUCUUUCGUGUUCAUUUUAUGCUGGAUGAUGAGGAAAGAUUGACACGUGGAAAUAUUGGCGGUGCGCUGGAGGUUAACAAGAAAAGUGGCUAGUUGUUUCUUGAAUCUUCCGGAGUAAUAGAUGACGGAGGAUUAAAUCCCAAGACUAUCCGGUUUAUCUUUUUGCUAGGGUCAACACGCGUAAUACUCGGAAGGAUCAUCAAGGUUGUCUCAGCCUCCACCAAUUUCGUAACAAGAAAUGUUUCUUCGUCUCCUAUAGUCUGGGUCAAGGUCACUGCUUCAUUAUACACAUUUUUUACAAUCACCGUAGCAAAUCCUAAUCGCACGUUUUGCUAUACACGACGUCCGAAGAUCACUUAAUUUUGAUGAUUGAAACCUCUAAGCCCUCUAAACGAUCCUAAUCCGCGUAACGAGAACACCUGCGAUUAAAACGAGCCGCACAAGGGGUGAUUCACCCUCUGACGAAAACUGUUGAUCCGAGAUCGCUAUCGAAGGGACCUCGAAACCAGCCACACGGUGCGUUCACCUUCCAACGGUGCAUAUAUAAAGACGGGAUCCACUUUCACUCUCGUUUUAGUCGACCGUCGGCGAUAUUCGCCGGUGAAGCUGACCAAAGUAACAACCAGACGAAAUCACGCCUUCUCGUGGAACGAUGGCAACCUUCUUUCUCGUUUGUUGCGUCGCUAUUGCGAUGGUGGUCGCUGAAGAAGAUGGGUGGACAUGGAAGCACAGAGACGAACAGGAGAGCGACGUCGAUAGAACAAGUUAUAGGUACCAGGUGAACGAGAACUUCGAGGAUCUCGGCCACGAAAGACCUUUGGUAGGAUUUAGACCGCAGAGCACCGGACCUUACGGUUCUAACAGUAGACCCAUUGUGUCACCGUCGUAUCCUGGCAACAAAGAAGUUCUUGUUGGUCCUGGUGGACCAACGGGCAUUAUAAAAAGACCCUCCUACACCGCAAAUAUCGACGAUGGCGAGUUGGAAAACGGUUUCGUGCCAUCGUGGGUGAAGGACGAUCCUCGAUAUAGAGAAUACGACACUUGUAAAUGCAGAUACAGCUUCAAUUGCCCCUCUACCGGAUUGAAAUUUGGAAGCUGCUCCAAGGACAAAAAAUAUUGCUGCUUCAGUAGCAGAAAGUAUCCAGCCUUGGUUUCCGGACAAUACGGACAAGGACACCAUCCUUCAUAUCCGGGUGGUCCUAACAAGUACGGACCAGCGACUUUCGUGCAAUCGCCAAACAAUUAUGGUAAUCGAAGACCCCAGGGGAGUUUCACUGGCGCUAACAGAUAUCCUGGAAAUUACCAUUUUCCAGGGGAAAAUCCAGAGCCCUAUCCACGACCUCAUAGCAAUCCUUACGAGCAAAAUUACGAUUACAACGACUUUGAUAUUUACAGUCGUUCCUUGAAGAAAAAUCAGACGCAAAACGCUAACGUGGAUGAAAAAGUUUAGGCUCCAUUUACACGAGGCCUUCAACGGCAACCUUUCCUCGCCUGAUCGAUCUUCUGAUGGUUCUUCGCGUAUUUCGUCUUAUAAAUUCUUGAUAAGAUCGAUCUGUCUGAACGAAGAGUUGGAUUAAAGAGUUGGACAGCGUAUGAGAGGAAAUUAUUGAAAGAAAAAUGUCGUUGGUGCAAUUCAGAGCGUUUUUAAGAUGUUUAUGAAAUUGUUAAAACUGCCAAGAUAUUUGUCAAGUUUUUAUAGAAAGAAUAUUUGAAUCAGAGAGAUAUCUAGCGUUACUCGAUAUUCGUAUAUACGUAGUUUUAAAUAUUAUUUAUAAUUUGUAUAGAUACUCUUUGGAUAUUUGUUUUCGAAUAUUUUUUAGAUAGUUUGGUUAUAGGUUGAAAUGGAAUACGCAUGAAUGUUUACGAUGUGGUUGAAUAUCAACGGGAAAAAAUACUUUAACAGAUUGUUCUGAAGGAAAUGAAAUAUUUCCAGAAGUACAUACGAUAUUCAAAAAGUAGAUACUUAGUUGUUAACCUUCUAUGCGACUCGAAAAUACUCAUGUAUCUAUGCAGUCGCCUUUAAUUCUUAUUCAUCUAUCAUGUUACACGAUUUAUCUGACAUUGUAUUUCAUGUAUUUACUCGUCUGUAUUGUAUUCACUUUUAUCUUAUUACUUCUUUAUCGAAAUUUACUAACACGAUUCGUUUAGUGCUCACGUAUGUAUUUAUAAUUUGUAGAUUUUAUUUUGUCUAUCUAUUUUACUUUAGUAUUUUAUUGGUAUAACGUUUUCUGUAAAAUGAUAUGGCAAUUGUCGGUACCAAUUUUCAAACCAAAAUUUUAAUCUCAGUUUUCAAUAAUUGAUCGAAACAAUGACUUUCCUUGUGUCGCGAGUAAGCAAUGCAUUCUGGUUAUAGAAAGUUAAUAUAAAUAUUUCAGUUAAAUUAAAAAAGAACAGUGGUGGAACGUAAUUUUAGACGAGCAUGAAGAUUCAUGAAACAUUGCCGCUUAUUUUUAGCCACAAAAACCGCUGUCGUGGCUCCAAUCUAAAAAUUGUCGAACUUCCUGUUUUUAAAAGAGCCACGAAGACUUUAAACACUUUUAACAAGAUACCAAAGAUCGUGUGUAUAUACAUUUAAAGCAUGGAACAACGCUCUCUUUUCAUUAAACUUAUUCAAUAUUCGUUAUAAUAUAAAUUUCGUAUAAUAAAUAUGAUAAUUGAUGUCACGUAAGAUUAUCGUUAAGAACGUUUCUUCUAUUUCUAUGAAUUUUCUCUGCUUCUUUUACCUAUCAAGAUUUCUUAUGCUACUGCUGUUCAACCACUAAUAUUCAAAGUACAGUGUUCGUUAUAGCACUCGUUUUAGUAGAAAAUAGACUUCCUAUUAAACCUACCUAGAUUUCGUUUCUCCUAAUUAUAUUUGUAAAAAUACGAAUUCGAUAAUACUCUACCGCUCCCUUAAUAUCUUCGCUCUUGUUGAUAACGUUCUUCGUUGUUAAGGAAACAACUAUUACAGAAAAUUAGGAUAAUUCAUGGAAAUUAUUAAAGGUAUGAGAAAUAAUUAUCUCUUAAAAAUAAGAAAAACUAAACGAUUACGAUCGAUGCUAACUAUUAAGGAAAAUUAAGACGAUUCGUGAAAAUUAUUAAAGAAGAUUAUGAUAGAUAAUUGUCUGUUGAAGAUAAGCGAAACGAAAUGACUAGUCUUACCAAUUGUAGUAAUGACGACGAUGGAGUAAAAGAGAGCGCCAGCAAAGGUCCAUUGGAUGUCAUCCUCACCCUCGCUGCCAUCCCAACCCUCUUUCUCCAUCAUGCACACGAGGUUGUUCUCAAAGCUCUACGAAGAAAAGUAGCGGGAAAGUGAUGGCGGAGGAAAUUCGAGUUCGAUCUCUGGUCACCGAAUGUGGAUGAGAUGGCCCGGUACCUUUAAUUCGCGUAACGCCUUGUCCGUCCAAUUUUCACGAAUCAGAACCUCUACCUCCUUCGUGAUCUUCCAUAGCUGCUCUGCUACGUUCCCUCUGAUGUCUUUGAUGCUCUUCUUGAUCUGGAUAAGAGAGACAGAGAG